GUCGUGAUUUAACUUCGACGAAAUGGAAACCAGAUCAUGCAUGCAAAAAAAAAAAAACAAUAAUGGCUUCUCUUCCUCAUCUGUCUUCUUCACCAUCACCAUGUCUAUGUAUCUUCUCCACUUUGGUUCUCUGGUUCCACCACUUCCUCGCCGUGACAUCGCAGAAUUCUGCUCCUAGUCCUCUGUACCAUUUCUGCUACGCCGGAGGAAACUACACUGUCAACUCCACUUUCUCCGGCAACCUUAACAAUCUCAUCUCUUCUCUGUCCUCUCUCCCGCAGAACGACGACGGCUUCUACAACGUCUCCGCCGGAGAAAUCCCAGACAAAGUCAACUCUGUCUAUCUCUGCAGAGGAGAUGUCAAGCCCGUUGAUUGCCUCGCCUGCGUCUCUGCCGCCGGUGAAGAGAUCAGGAGGCUUUGCCCUAACCGGACGGAGGCGAUUAUAUUUUACGACAACUGUAUGACGCGUUAUACGAACCGGACAAUCUCCAACGCUAAGGAGACGGAGCUUGCAUAUUUCAAGUGGAACAAUAGAAACUUCACCGGAGAUUUGAAGGGUAUCGAGACGGCGUUAAGGGGUUUGCUCGAAGGUCUAAGGGACAAAGCUGCGGCCGGCGGCGCGAGAAAGAAGUUUGCGGCGGACAGUGUGAAGGCGCCAUCGUUUAAGACAUUGUACGGCAUGGUACAGUGCAUGCCAUACUUGUCGGAGGAGGACUGUUUCGAUUGUCUCAGUUGGAGCUUCGGGGAAAUUCCGGCUAGGUUUGACCGGAAGGUUGGUGGACGGGUGUAUACUCCGACCUGUUUUUUCAGGUACGAGACCUAUGAAUUCUACGACAAGCCACCUCUGAUUUCCUCUCCUCCUCCUCCUCCUGCAAAUGGAACAAUAACCAGUGAAGGAGGGAAGAAAGAUGGGAAUGGAAGAAAAGAUUUGAUCUUAAUAGUCGUUCCUGUUGUUGUUGCCGUCCUCCUUAUCGCAUCCUUAACUGUUGUCUUGAUUCUGAGAAAGAAGGCGAGACAAAGACAGGAAGAAGGCGAAGAAUCCGAGGAAGAAAUCAUCGUCACCACGGAUUCAUUGUUGUUCGAUUUCGAUACGAUACGAGAUGCAACAGAUAAUUUCGCCAUCAGAAACAAACUUGGACAAGGCGGGUUCGGCCCUGUUUAUAAGGGCGUGCUUCCUGAUGGACAAAGAGUAGCAGUGAAAAGGUUGUCGAGAAAUGCAGGACAAGGUGAAACCGAGUUCAAGAACGAGGUCUUGUUGGUUGCGAAGCUUCAGCAUCGUAAUCUCGUCAGGCUUUUAGGUUUCUCGACGCAAGGAACCGAAAGACUUCUCGUAUACGAGUUUGUCGAAAAUGCCAGCCUCGACAACUUCAUUUUCGAUCCAGUCAAGCGUACAUGUCUGGAUUGGGGAAAGCGCUGCAGAAUCAUAGGAGGGAUUGCUCGAGGGCUCGUUUAUCUUCACGAAGAUUCUCGUCUCCGGAUAAUCCACCGUGAUCUUAAAGCUAGUAACGUCUUAUUGGACGAGGAAAUGACCCCAAAGAUUGCUGAUUUCGGCAUGGCUAGACUGCUCGAUAUCGACCAAUCAACUCAACGCUUCACCGGCCGGAUCGUCGGAACCUAUGGAUACAUGGCUCCUGAGUACGCAAUGCAUGGACAGUUCUCGUUUAAGACAGAUGUUUACAGUUUCGGAGUGUUGGUUCUUGAGAUCAUAAGUGGCCAGAGGAACAACAGUUUCAGAGUUGGGGAAGAAGUUAAAGAUCUCGUUUCCGUUGCAUGGGAAAACUGGGAGGAAGAGACGCCAUUGAAGCUGGUAGACCCGAGCAUGACGAAUGGGUGGAGAAACGAGAUGGAGAGAUGCAUAACCAUCGGACUGUUGUGUGUUCAAGAGAAUGUAGGGAGUAGGCCGAGCAUGGCUGCGGUCGUUCUGAUGCUAAGCAGCGACACGAUCUCUCUCCCUCUCCCUACUCGGCCAGCGGUAUCCGUCGGCCGCUUCACGAGAUUUGGCGACUCUACCUCCUCCUCCACCAGCCAUGGAAAUCACGACUCCAUUACCCAGUUGUAUCCUCGCUAGCUAGUGUAUAAUCCCUCACUUUAGAUGCUUCACAGAGGAAGGAUUUGUUAUUCAGAACGCUCUUCAGAUGUUGAAAGGUUUUCAGUCGUAACUGACUG